AUGUCGACAACCUACAUAUACAUUGCCACCAUCAUCAUUACUACCAACACUAAUAACACCACAACCACUAUCACAACCACUAACACUAAUGACAUCACAACCACUAUCACCACCACUAACACUAAUAACACCACAACCACUAUCACCACCACCAACACUAAUAACACCACAACCACUAUCACCAACACUAACACUAAUAACACCACAACCACUAUCAUUACUACUAACACUAAUAACAUCACAACCACUAUCACCACCACUAACACUAAUAACACCACAACCACUAUCACCACUACCAACACUAAUAACACCACAACCACUAUCACGACCACUAACACUAAUAACACCACAACCACUAUCACCACUACCAACACUAAUAACACCACAACCACUAUCACCACCACUAACACUAAUAACACCACAACCACUAUCACCCCUACCAACACUAAUAACAUCACAACCACUAUCACCACUACCAACACUAAUAACACCACAACCACUAUCACCACCACUAACACUAAUAACACCACAACCACUAUCACCCCUACCAACACUAAUAACACCACAACCACUAUCACCACUACCAACACUAAUAACAUCACAACCACUAUCACCGCUAACACUACCAUCACCACCACUAUUACCAUUACAACGAAUACAACCACCACUGCAAAUCUGGUUAAGAUAAGAUCCUUUGAUCCGCUCAGGUAG